GCCAUCCGCUGUACACUGGUAAAUUGCACGUGUGAAUGUUUCCAGCCUGGGAAGAUUAACCUGAGGACCUGCGAUCAGUGUAAACAUGGAUGGGUGGCACAUGCCUUGGACAAGCUCAGCACACAACACCUAUACCACCCAACUCAAGUGGAGAUUGUUCAAUCCAACGUAGUGUUUGAUAUCAGCAGCCUGAUGCUCUACGGGACCCAGGCAGUGCCUGUGAGGCUGAAGAUAUUGCUGGACCGACUCUUCAGUGUGCUCAAGCAGGAGGAGGUAUUGCAUAUUCUCCAUGGAUUAGGCUGGACACUACGAGACUACGUCCGGGGAUACAUCCUUCAGGAUGCUGCUGGCAAGGUGCUAGACCGCUGGGCCAUCAUGUCCCGAGAAGAAGAGAUUAUUACCCUUCAGCAGUUUCUGCGGUUUGGAGAAACCAAAUCCAUUGUAGAGCUGAUGGCGAUUCAAGAGAAAGAAGGGCAGGCCGUUGCUGUACCGUCUUCAAAGACAGAUUCAGAUAUAAGGACUUUUAUUGAAAGCAAUAAUCGCACCAGGAGUCCAAGUCUCCUUGCUCACCUGGAAAACAGCAAUCCUUCCAGCAUUCAUCAUUUCGAAAACAUCCCCAACAGCCUUGCAUUCUUGCUUCCAUUCCAGUACAUAAAUCCAGUCUCUGCCCCACUACUUGGGUUACCCCCAAAUGGUUUGCUGCUGGAGCAGCCAGGACUAAGGCUUCGGGAGCCUAGCCUUUCAACUCAGAAUGAAUAUAAUGAAAGCAGUGAGUCAGAAGUUUCUCCCACGCCUUAUAAGAAUGAGCAAACACCCAAUAGAAAUGCUCUGAGUAGCAUCACCAACGUGGAGCCCAAAACAGAGCCACCCUGUGUGUCCCCCAUUCAGACUUCUGCCCCGAUCAGCGAUUUAGCCAAACCUGAGCACACAAAAAGUUCCUUCCGGAUUCACCGAAUGAGAAGGAUGGGCUCAGCCUCUAGGAAAGGGAGAGUGUUUUGUAAUGCAUGUGGAAAAACUUUCUAUGAUAAAGGUACUCUCAAAAUCCAUUAUAAUGCAGUUCACCUGAAGAUCAAACACCGGUGUACUAUCGAAGGCUGCAAUAUGGUCUUCAGCUCCCUGCGAAGUCGCAAUCGCCACAGUGCAAACCCCAAUCCCCGCCUUCACAUGCCUAUGCUAAGGAAUAACCGGGACAAAGAUUUAAUCCGGGCUACAUCAGGAGCUGCCACACCUGUCAUAGCAAGUACUAAGUCAAAUCUCACUCUCACAAGCCCUGGCCGACCUCCAAUGGGUUUUACCACUCCCCCACUUGACCCUGUCUUACAGAAUCCUCUCCCUAGCCAACUGGUAUUUUCUGGGUUAAAGACUGUCCAGCCUGUUCCUCCAUUUUAUAGAAGCUUGCUCACCCCUGGAGAAAUGGUGAGCCCUCCAACCUCACUUCCCACCAGCCCCAUCAUACCAGCUAGCAGUGCUGUGGAGCAGCACCCUCCACCUCCCUCUGAGCCAGCAGUCUCAGUGAUGGUGAUGGCCACUCACGAACCCAGCGCUGACUUGGCCCCCAAAAAGAAACCUCGAAAGUCAAGCAUGCCUGUUAAGAUUGAAAAGGAAAUUAUCGAUACUGCUGAUGAAUUUGAUGAUGAAGAUGAUGAGCCCAAUGACAGUGGAGCUGUGGUCAAUGACAUGAGCCAUGACAAUCAUUGCCAUUCCCAUGAUGAGAUGAGUCCAGGGUUGUCUGUGAAAGAUUUUUCCAAGCACAGUCGGAGCCGGUGUAUCUCCAGGACAGAAAUAAGAAGGGCAGACAGUAUGACUUCAGAAGACCAAGAACAGGAGAGGGACUAUGAAAAUGAGUCUGAGUCUUCUGAGCCAAAGUUGUGCGAGGAAUCUAUGGAAGCUGAUGACCGCAUGCACAGUGAAGGGAAUGAAAAAGCCAUGAUGAAUAAUGAAAGACCUGACGAAAAUCACAAUGAGCCCUCUCACCAGGAUGUAAUUAAGGUGAAGGAAGAGUUUACAGAUCCCACGUAUGACAUGUUUUACAUGAGCCAAUAUGGACUAUAUAACGGAGGCAGUGCUAGUAUGGCUGCCCUUCAUGACAGUUUCACGUCAUCUUUGAACUAUGGCAGCCCUCAAAAGUUCUCCCCAGAAGGUGACUUGUGUUCUAGCCCAGACCCCAAGAUAUGUUAUGUGUGCAAGAAGAGUUUCAAAAGCUCCUACAGCGUGAAGCUACACUACAGGAAUGUUCACUUAAAAGAGAUGCACGUCUGCACAGUAGCCGGCUGUAAUGCUGCCUUCCCCUCACGGCGAAGCAGAGACAGACACAGUGCCAACAUAAACUUGCACCGAAAACUGUUGACCAAAGAACUGGAUGACAUGGGCCUAGACUCAUCUCAGCCCUCCCUUAGCAAGGACCUCCGUGAUGAAUUUUUGGUGAAGAUCUAUGGUGCACAGCACCAAAUGGGGCUUGAUGUAAGGGAAGAUGCCUCCUCCCCAGCAGGCACUGAAGAUUCCCACAUGAAUGGCUAUGGGAGAGGUAUGACUGAAGACUACAUGGUCCUAGACCUGAGUACCACCUCCAGCAUCCAGUCCAGCAGCAGCAUCCAUUCCUCCAGAGAAUCUGAUGCAGGGAGUGAUGAAGGGAUUCUCCUAGAUGACAUUGAUGGGGCGAGUGACAGUGGGGAGUCUGCACACAAAGCUGAAGCCCCUGCCCUCCCUGUAGGCAUCGGGGCUGAAGUUCCUGGAUCCCUCAUGUUCAACAGUGUGUCUGUGAGCAAUGGUGGAAUAAUGUGCAACAUUUGCCACAAAAUGUAUAGCAACAAGGGGACUCUGAGAGUGCACUACAAAACGGUGCAUUUGAGAGAAAUGCAUAAGUGCAAAGUCCCAGGUUGCAAUAUGAUGUUUUCCUCUGUGCGCAGCCGAAAUCGGCACAGUCAGAACCCUAAUCUCCAUAAAAACAUUCCCUUUACUUCAGUAGAUUAGUUUAAGGAUGGACACUUCAAUGCCAGCUCUCACCAGAUGGCCUCCAUAUUUGAACUGCCAUAUUCAGUCUGUGUGUAUGUGUGUGUGUAUAUAUAUAUGUAUGUAUAUGUGUAUAUAUAUAUA